AUGGCACCUUUAACGAAAAAGACAAACGGAAAACGUUCCGCUAGGGAAGUUAGUAAAUCAGAAAAGAAAUUAGCCAAAAAACCUAGAAUUUCUAUUGAUUCCUCCGAUGAAGAAUUAGAACUAUCCAAAAGGGAAGCUGAUUCCUCUUCAUCAGAUAAUGAUGAUUUGGAUAAUUUAAGUAGCGGUGACUCUGGAGCAGAAGAUGAGCAAGCUGACGAAUUAGAUAUUUCCGAAGACAGUGAGGAACAUGAAGAUGAGAAUGAAAACAAGGAAGGGAAGGACAAAUCUGAAGGAGGUGAAGGUGGAAACCACACUGAACAGAGAAAAUUACUCAAGGAAAGAAAGAUGCAAAGAAAAUCUGGUACCCAAGUGCAACAAAUUAAAUCCGUCUGGGAGAGGUUACGUGUGAAGACUCCUCCUCUGCCAAAGCAGAUUCGUGAAAAACUGUCCAAUGAAAUUUGGGAACUAUCUAAGGACUGUAUCAGUGAUCUCGUAUUAAAGCAUGAUGCUUCUCGUAUUGUUCAAACCUUAGUUAAAUAUUCGUCUAAAGAACGUCGUGAGCAAAUUGUCGAUGCUUUAAAGGGCAAGUUUUAUGUUUUAGCUACAUCUGCGUACGGUAAGUACCUAUUGGUUAAAUUACUCCAUUAUGGUUCUAGAAGUUCAAGACAAAGUAUCAUAGAUGAAUUACACGGUUCAUUGAGAAAAUUAAUGAGGCAUCGUGAAGGUGCUUACGUUGUCGAAGAUUUAUUUGUACUUUAUGCCACACAUGAACAAAGACAGCAAAUGAUCAAAGAAUUCUGGGGCUCUGAAUAUGCUGUCUUUAGAGAAACACACAAAGAUUUAACCAUUGAAAAAGUUUGUGAAAGCAGCAUUGAAAAGAGAAAUAUUAUUGCCAGAAAUCUGAUCGGCACUAUUACCGCAUCAGUCGAAAAAGGUUCCACUGGCUUUCAAAUUCUACAUGCUGCUAUGAGAGAAUAUGUGAAAAUUGCCAACGAAAAGGAAAUAUCUGACAUGAUUGAAUUACUUCAUGAACAAUUCGCUGAAUUGGUGCAUACUCCAGAAGGUUCCGAUGUUGCUUGUACUUUGGUUGCUAGAGCUAAUGCCAAGGAAAGAAAGUUAAUUUUGAAGGCUUUGAAAAACCACGCUGAAAAAUUGAUCAAAAAUGAGCACGGUAAUACUGUCUUCAUUACAAUCCUAAACUGUGUCGACGAUACAGUUUUAGUAUUCAAGACAUUCAGUCCUACUGUCAAGGAACACUUGCAAGAAUUCAUAAUUGAUAAGUUUGGUAGAAGGCCUUGGUUGUACAUACUGUUAGGUUUGGACGGUAAGUAUUUCUCACCUAUUGUCAAAAAUGAAUUACUGAGAUACAUUAAACUGUCCGAAGCCACCUCUAAGAAGGAUCCUUUACAAAGAAGGCACGAACUUUUGUCCAAAUUUGCCCCUAUGUUUUUAAGUACUAUAUCAAAACAUUAUUCCAGUAUAUUGACGGAGAACUUGGGCUGUCAGUUCAUUGCCGAAGUUUUAAUAAACGAUGAGUUGUACGCUCAACUGAAUGAAAAAGAUCAAGAAAAGUACCAACAAGUCUUAGACAACAUUUUAACCACUUUUAAAGGUGACAUAACCGAAGAAGAACACCCAAUACAUAGAGCAUUUUCUACUAGACUAUUAAAGGCACUGAUUCAAGGAGGUAAAUGGAAUAACAAGGAAAAAAAGGUUAUGCCAUUAAAAAAUGUUCAAGGCUUAGGUGUUCCGUUUGCUCACAAAUUAUACGACGAAAUUAUUGAUUCUUCCAAUUUAUUGGAAUGGAUUAAUAACGCCGAUAGUUCAUUCACAAUCGUUGCACUAUAUGAAACGUUGAAAGAUCAAAAGGAAGGUAAGCCAUUCUUGGAGGAUUUGAAGGAAGUUCAAAGUAAAAUCACCGUUGAUGAAAAUAACAAGGGUUCUCACCUUUUGACAAAAUUGUUAAAAUAG